CGGCGGCGGCGGAAGGCGGGAAGCGGCGGCGCCUGCGGCGGCGGCCCCAGAGACGCGUCCGGAGCCGCGAUGGCCGCCAAGGUGAAGGUGGAGAAACCAGAACUCUCUCCCGGAGCCGCCCGGCGCCGCCUCGAGGCCGUUCUGGAGCAGCUGCAGCAGCGCGGCCGGGAGCCGCUGGAGGAGGAACCCGGAAAGGGCCCCGGAGAGGCCCCGCCCAAGGAGGCCUCGCCCAGCGCCCCUGGGAAGAGGCCCCCCGGGCGUUUCCCGCAGCAGAGGAGGAAGAAGAGGCGGGAGGGGGGGGAGGGGCCCGAGACGCCCCCCCCGAAACAGAACUCGUUCGUGAUCCGGCUGUUUGACCGCAGCGUGGAGCUGGGGCAGUUCCCGGCCGGGACCCCCCUGUACCCCGUGUGCCGCGCCUGGAUCGGGCACAGCCCCGCGCCCGCCCCCGCCCCCGAGCAGGCCCCGCCCGGCUCCGAGGACGUUCUGGCCCUGCCCCCGCCCGGCCCCGCCCUGACCCCGCGCGUCCCCUCCCCCCUCGGCCCCGAGGAGAGCGGGGCCCCGCCCGGACAGGCUCCUGACCCCGCCCCCUCCAUCACCUCUCUGAUCUACCGGAACAUGGAGAGAUGGAAACGCGUCCGGCAGCGGUGGCGGGAGGCGGCGCAGCGGCAGCAGCAGCGCUACGGGCCCAGCCUGCGCCUGCUGCGCCUCAUCUACGAGAGACAGUGAGGCCACGCCCCCGGACACGCCCCCGGACACGCCCACCGCUGCCACGCCCACAUUGGCCACACCCACCGUGGCCACGCCCACUCUCAGACCACACCCACAUUGACCACACCCACUCAGACCACACCCACACAGACCACGCCCACCCUGGCCACGCCCACCCUGGCCACGCCCACAUUGACCACACCCACCUAGACCACACUCAGACCAUGCCCACAUUGACCACACCCACUCAGACCACACCCACUCUGACCACGCCCACAGCCACACUGACCACGCCCACAUUGACCAAACCCAUCGUGACCACGCCCACAUUGACCAAAACUCAGACCACGCCCACAUUGGCCACGCCCACAUUGGUCACACACACUCAGACCACGCCCACAUUGACCAAAACUCUGGCCACGCCCACUCUGACCAUGCCCACACCCACUGUGACCACGCCCACAGUUUACUCUCACACUGACCACGCCCACAUUGACCACACCGACAUUGACCAUGACCAGACCACACCCACACAGACCACGCCCACUCAGACCACACCCACCCUGACCAUGACUACACCCACUCAGACCACGCCCACAUUGACCAGCCCCACCCUGACCACGCCCACAUUGACCACACCCAUUCUGAUCACGCCCACACCCACCGUGACCACGCCCACACUGUUUACUCUCACCCUGACCACGCCCACUCAGACCACGCCCACAUCGACCAGACCCACUCUGACCACGCCCACCCUGACCACGCCCUCAUUUGCCACACCCACCUAGGCCACUCCCACACCCGCCCUGACCACGCCCCUCCACUAAUAAAACCUCCUGCAUUUGCA